AUUUUCUCUCCUCUGCUACAGUUACGAUCACAUGUGACCCAUUAUAACUCCUCUCUCUCUCUCCUCCAGGUGAAAUGGAACGAGAUCCUCUUUCUGCCCACAUGUCAUCACCUGAUCGGCCAAUCCAUCAUCCACAGAUCGCCAUGCUGAUAUAUCUAGAUGGACAUGAUCUUGUGGAAUGCAUCUGCAUGUCCAUCCGUCCAUGCCUCCUCCACCGCCACCGCCGCCGCCGCUCGUUCUCAUCGCCUCCUUUCCUAAUUAAAGAUAUAUUCGUUCGCACAGACAGGGCAUAGGAGAUCGAGGAGGGAGUGCCGCCGGCGCAAUGGCGCAGCUCCCUCCUAAGAUCCCCCCUUCCUCCAUGAUCCCCAAUCCCAACUGCAGCUGGCCGCCGCCGGCGGCCUUCCUCCUCCCCCCUGCGACCGAGGCACCGCCUCAGCCCUCCUGGGUCGACGAGUUCCUCCAUCUCUCCGCCGCCAGGCGCAGCUACCACCGCCGCUCCGUCAGCGACUCCCUCGCCUUCAUCGACGACCCCGCCUCCGAGUUCGACGCCGACCAGCUCCUGUCCAUCUUCUCCGACGAGGUGGUCGAGCCCGCCCCUUCCACCUCCGUGCCCUCCGACCACCACAGCGCCAACGGGGACGACGACGACGACAAGACCGCCUCGCGAAAGCUGAUUGCGAACGAAGCGGAGGAGGCGCAGAGCGCCUGCCUGGCGGAGCCGCCGCAGCCCUCCGCCGGGUCCGACGCCGCAAUUGUGGAUCCCAGGAGGGUCAAAAGGAUUCUGGCGAACCGUCAAUCGGCGCAGAGGUCGCGGGUGAGGAAGCUCCAAUACAUCUCCGAGCUCGAGCGCAGCGUGACGAGGUUGCAGACGGAAGUGUCGGCAUUGUCUCCACGAGUCGCCUUCUUGGAUCAGCAGCGCUCGCUGCUGACGCUCGGCAACAGCCAUCUCAAGCAACGCAUCGCGGCCUUGGCACAGGACAAGAUCUUUAAGGACGCUCAUCAAGAAGCAUUGAAGAUGGAGAUCGAGAGACUGCGACAAGUCUACCAGCAACAGAAUCUAACGACGAUACCGCCGCCGCCGCCAACUGCCGAGCCAACCGUCGUCGGCGCAGAAAAGGAAUUGGACACCAGCUGAAACUAUCAAAUCUACGUUAUCUAAUGCACGGAAAUCUGUUCCACUUUUGUGGGUGCGAGUUCGAGUUAAUUUACAUUCAAAUGUAUUUUUUUUCCUUAUCGUCUUGUAUUUAAAUUUGCAAAGGAAAAAAAAACACUAGCAAUGGAGUUGAGAGACUAGCACACAAUAGUCUCAGAGGGAGAGCAUGUAGAAAGGUUUGUUUGUAAUAUUGGAUCAUUUGGUGUACAUUUUAACAGCGUCGAUGCGUGGAAUAUUGAUUUAGAGUAAAACACGAAA